AUGGGAACCACAAUCACGACCAUGCAUACUUCGAUCUAUCCCUCCCGCUUCCUCGCGCUCUGCCUCUUCAUCGUCUUUCCUCUCUACCUCGCCAUCCGUGGUUAUUCUUCCUUAUCUGACGUCGCUGUCGUCAUCUCCUCCCUCUCCUCGCGCGCCGAAGCUCUUCACGUCGCGCUCACCUCUCCCAUUGCUACCACUCCCGCAUCAACCAACCAAACCUUUGAAUCUGCCGGCGAGCAUGCAGGACCCGAAGGCAGGAAGAAACAUAGACACUCCUCCCUCCCCGAUGGACUGGCCCACGCCAUCACCUCCUUCGAGAAAUACCCCCUCCUCGCAGAACGCGUCCUCCAGCGCAAGCACGCGCGGUAUUCCAAGCAGUCAUCCGCGCAGAAGGCAUUGAGCAACAAGCUCGAAUACCCCGCACACUUCGAGAACGCCAGGCAGGGGAUCGAUGUAAACGCCCAGUUCACGGAACAGGUCGCGCAGAUCGCGAGGGCACAUUACCACAUUGACCCUCAGGCGGCGUUGGAAGACCACGAAGACGCUGAGUUCGGCCUUGUAGACCUGGCGUUUGGGCACCUCUCUCGAGACUGGAGCACACAGGGCAAGAAGGAGAGACAGGCCGUCUUCCCGCCUGUGCUGGCUGGGCUCGAGCAACACUUUGGCGAGAAUGGGGACGGGAAAAAGGUGCUUGUGCCCGGGAGCGGUAUGGGUAGGCUUGCAAGCGAAAUUGCUGAUCUAGGGUACGACGUCACGGCCAACGAGCUAGACUACGGAUCCAUCCUGGCCUACCACCUCCUCACGAACCACACGAGCUCCCUCCACCAGCACACUCUGCACCCCUUCGUUACCAAAUGGACUCAUCAGGCCAACGCGUCCUCGCGCUACUCCGCCGUGACGGUGCCGGACCACUGGCCAAACAAGACCGUCAAGCUCGUCGAGGGCGACUUCUUGGAAAAGUUCCCAGAGAACAAACAGUUCGACGCCGUCGUCACGCUGUUCUUCAUCGACAUAUCCAACAACGUGAUCGACUUCUUGAGUAAUAUACAUCGGCUGCUGAAGCCCGGUGGGGUCUGGGUCAACCUUGGACCGCUCAAAUGGGGUACCCACACCGCUCUCCAGCUCUCCGCCGAGGAAGUGCUCCAGCUUGCAGAUCUGCUCGGUUUCGACGUAGACCAUGCGUCAAGAAAGAGCAUUGACAGCCAGUAUGCUGAUCAGCUAGACACGUUACUGAAGUUCACUUAUGUAACACAGUUCUGGACGGCGAAGAAGAGGAUGUGA